AUGCAGAUUUUGAUGAUCCAAGCUGAGUUUGAAUUGGAAGAGGAUGUGACGAAAAUUUCAAAGGAGACGAUACAUAAAUUCAACCAACUUGACGUAUUGGUGAAUAACGCAGCAAUGUUUAAGCUUGACACCAUAGAGACAUUCACCUUACAAAACUUUGAUCACAUCUUCGCCGUGAAUGUGAGGGCACCUCUUCAUCUUACCAAGAACCUUGCGCCAUAUCUGAUCAAAACGAAAGGAACUGUGGUAAAUAUAUCAAGCAUAUGUGGUAGGACAUCGAUGCCCAGUGUGAUGAGCCACUCUAUGUCCCAAACAGCGAUGGAUCACAUGACACGCUGUUUAGCUGAAGAAUUAGCGCCUCAUGGAGUUAGAGUCAAUGCAGUGAAUCCUGGUGCAAUAGCUACUCCGAUCUUCAAAAGAACAGGAAUGACUGACGAACAAAUAGCCAAGUUUUUUGAGAGAUGCAAGGUUCUCCAUCCCUUGCGUAGGAAUGGUUGUGUGGAUGAGGUAUCCCGACUCGUAACAUUCUUGGCAUCCAGCGAUUCGUCAUUCACUACCGGAGAAACGGUCGGUGUAGAUGGAGGGCGCCAUCUCUUGAUCCGACCAGUAAACGAUUAG